AUGUUUGGCAAAAAAGCAUCAAUACCAGAACAAGCGAAAGCUCAUAGUCGUGAAUUAAGAAAAACUGAUCGCGAAUUAGUACGUGAUCGACAUAGACUUGAAGCUGAAGAACAACGAAUACUAAAUGAAAUUCGAAAAAAUGCAUCGACUGGAAAUAGAAAAGCAGUAGAAGUUCUAGCUAAACAACUUGUUAAACUUCGAAAUCAAAAAGCUCAAUCACUUCAAGCAUCAGGACAAAUUCAAGGUUUAGCCACACAAAAUACAAUGAUGGCGUCAAAUCUACGAAUGGCUAAUGCAAUGCAGGCAACAGCGAAAACAAUGACUAAAAUGAAUAAAGUUAUGAAUCCAGCACAAAUGUCCAAAAUUACUCAACAAUUUACUCAAGAACAUACAAAAUUGGGUAUAAAAGAAGAAAUGAUGGGAGAAACAUUAGAUGCAGCAUUCGGAGAAGAAGGUGAUUCAGAAGAAGAAGAUGCUAUUGUUAAUCAAGUACUUGAUGAAAUCGGCAUUACAUUUAAUGAAAAAAUGGCUGUUGCACCACGUGUUCCAGCAGCUACAUCUGGUAUGGUAUUAAAUCGACGACAAGCACAUGAUGAAGAUGCUGAAAUUGAACGAAUGUUAGCAAAUCUCAAAUCAUAA